AUGAAGGUAAGCUCGGUGAGUGGGGUGACGAGAACGGCCGAUGAUGUCAAAAAGAAAUGGAGAAAUGUUUCCAGCGACUCCAAGAAAAAGCUUUCACAUGCGCGGAAGGAGGCUACAAAAACUGGAGGAAGGUCAUCGUCGGCAGUGGAACUGAGUGCCACAGAGUUAAGGGUAUUGGAGACGAUGGGACAGACAGCAACAGAGGGGAUUCCUGGAGGAAUAGACACUGCUGGCCCAUCUUCGUCCAAUACCAGUCUACAGGAAACUUUCAUUACUGAUAGCGACCAACAAGAAAGUGUUACAGACGCCACAUCAAAGACCACAAGGAAACGGAAAAGAUCUUCCGGAAAUGAGGAGGCUCAUGACCUAGUAGAAAUAGAACGAGAGAGAUUAGAGGUAGAGAAAAAGAGGCUGGAAUUGGAGGAAAGAAGAUUAGAUUUAGAGCAGAGAAGAUAUGACUUGGAGGUAGAGAGACAUUCCAGGGGGUUUAUGGUGUGUGACUCGCAGAAAGUACUUAAAUAUUAUAUUGUACCUGCUGGGUUUACUGAUUUCAUAUCAUGAGAUUAAAGAAAUCCUAACGCAAGAUUUUCCCUUGUUCUUCGUCCAUCAUGCACUGUACCAUUAUAGCAUAGGUCAUCAUCCUGUGGCGGAAGGACCUCACACUCAGGCAACUGUAUCUUGUGAUUGAUGCACAUAUUGUGCAAAACCGCUGUCGCUACUAU